AUGGAGUACAUAACUACAAUUAGGCCCAGUUCGGCUGCUUCGGAGGACUCUGUGAUGUCUUUGGGCUCCGAUGAUGGCAGCUUUGACAAUAUCAAUGUGGUCGUCAGGGUGCGACCGCUCACUCUUCAAGAAGAAGGCAAGAAAGACAUUCAAGCUGUCCAAUUUCCGGCGGAAGGGCAAAUAUGUUUGGAUGACCAUUCGGCAGCGACUCCGCGAACAUUUACUUUCAAUGUGGUAUUUGAACCCGAAGCCACGCAAGAUGAAGUUUUCGAUCACUGUGGUAUCAAAAGGCUCAUAGACAUGGCUUUGGAUGGAUUUGCAUGUACAGUGUUAGCAUAUGGCCAAACUGGAGCUGGGAAAACAUAUACAUUAACUGGACCUCAGAGCGAUGACUUGCUGAGACCCGGUGUCCGAUCAUCGCCAGGAAUCGUUCACAUGGCAUUUGCAUACCUUUUCAACCAAAUUAAGCAAAGAAAAGACAUUGAUUAUAUAGUCCAGGCUUCAUAUAUGGAAAUUUAUAAAGAACAGGUUUUCGACUUAUUAAACCCUUCGACGAAGGGCUUGCCUGUUCGAUGGUCGAAAGAGAAAGGUUUCUAUGCAGAGAACCUCUUUGUCGUCGAAUGCGAAGAUGCGGGUGACUUAGAAGGAGUUCUGGAUGAAGGUCGGAAAAAUCGCCAGGUUCGUGCGCACAAUAUGAACGAAUAUUCUUCCCGUAGUCAUACCAUGUUAAUCCUGACGCUGACUUCCGAAGUUCGGGAUUCCGAAGAUCCGACGCACUACAUUCGACGAUAUGGAAAACUGUUUCUUGUUGAUUUGGCUGGAUCCGAGAAAACUAAAAAGACCAACAGCAGAGGGGAAACACUAAAAGAAGCAAAUAACAUCAAUAAAUCUCUCCUAGUUUUAGGCAAUUGCAUCUCUGCUUUGGCUGAUCCUAGGAAACGCAGUGGACACAUUCCCUACAGAGACAGCACACUAACGAAACUGUUAGCUGACAGCCUCGGAGGAAGUGGACUUGCGUUGAUGGUUGCUUGCGUUUCUCCAAGUCGUGCCAACAUUUCAGAAACUCUCAAUACACUCCGCUACGCAGCAAGGGCGAAGAAAAUCAGAACAAAACCUAUGGUUCGGAUGGAUCCCAGAGAGCAACUGAUUAUAAGCUUAAAAAGAGAAGUUCGUGUCUUGAGAAUGGAAAAUAGCUUCCUACGUCAACAGUUACACUUAGAUAAUGGAUUGCUGUCAAGCAAUAAAGGGGCCGUCCCUAUGAGAGGAAAUGCAUCAAUGGACGACAUGAAACCAGAUGAAGUAAAAACUAUGUUGCAGCAAUAUAUGAAUGAUAAUGAAUCCUUAAGAGAAGAAAACGCUGAACUGAGGUUUACGAAUGAUUUGUUGACAAGGGAGCUGGAGAGAGUGAAUAAGGAAAACGAGCGACUUCAAAAAGAAAGAACCAGAUCAGCCCGACAAACUCGUAGACCGGACAGCAUAACCGCUGCAAGGGCUGUUCUAGGAUCAUCUGAUUCGUUAGUUGAUAACAAUAACUGGACGAAUGGAGCUUGGAAAUCCAUCAUUGAUGUAGAAGGAGAGAUAGCGAAUGAGGUAACAAGGUGCAUGGAUGACAGUGGCGGGAUCUAUAUUCCUCCUGAUCUGAUAAAGGCAAGAUUUCUGUUUUGUGCUGCAGAUAACAUUGAUUUCCUUGAAGACACAUCUUAUGGAAAAGUUACUUUGCAUGGCACAAAACUGGAAGACGUAACUAAAUAUAUUUUUGGAGAAAAUUCACCGACAGUAGUCACCAUGGAUAUUGGUUUGGGUGACAUUUCGGAGAACCAAGAUGAAGCUGAAGAAAAGAAACCGGUGGGUCUUAGACGGCAGAGAAGGAAUUCCUGGGGCAGUGGGAUUCCAAGACCUGUUGAAAACAAUAGCAGAGCCUCGAAAUCCCCUCCACAGUACACUCCCCCUGAGGCCGAAGACAUGUUCGAAGAGGAAAGAUCUCCGGAAUCCACCCCCACUCCUACAACACCAGGUUCAAAGUUGCCUCCACUUCUUUCGAUGCUUAUGCCGAAGAGUAAGGGAAUUAGAAAAUCUGGUGGAAAAUCCAAGUUGAAAGGCAAAGAAGCAUCCUUUGUAUGA